AUGGAGCUCACUCUUGUGUUCUCCCUUCUUUUCCUCUCAUGCCUCCACGGCGUGAGCUCGGACUCUCGCUACUUCACCUCGAUGUUUACCCUCGGCGACUCCUACAUCGACGCCGGCAACUUCGUCAUCAUGGCUGCUCCGGUGUUUCCUGUUUUGCAUGACAAGCCUCCUUACGGCAUGACCUUCUUCGGCCACCCCACUGGUCGCCUUAGCGAUGGGAGAGUCACCAUCGAUUUCAUCGCCGAACAGUUUGGCCUUCCACUUCUGCAAGCCUCCUUGCUGAAUAGCCCAGACAUCUCCAAAGGCGUUAAUUUUGCCGUCGGUGGUGCGACGGCGAUCGAUGUUGACUUCUAUGAGAGGAACAAGCUGGUUCCGUUCAAGCUUCUGAACAAUUCUCUGAAUGUGCAGCUUGGCUGGUUUCAGGAGCUCAAGCCAUCGAUUUGCAACAGCACGGAAGGGGGCAGAGAUUGCUUCGGUAAGGCCCUCUUCUUCGUUGGGGAGUUUGGAGUGAACGACUACAGCUUUGUAUGGGGUGCUGGGAAGACCGAAGACGAAGUGAAAUCUUAUGUACCAAAAGUUGUGAAAAAUAUUGCCAUGGCCGUGGAGAGGCUUGUCAACGAUGGCGCAAUAUACGUGGUCGUGCCAGGAAAUCCACCAAAUGGGUGCUCGCCAGCGCUGCUCACCAUCCGCUCGAGCCUCAACCAGACAGAGAAAUACGACCACCUUGGCUGCCUAAGAGAUAUCAACCGCGUGGCUAUGUACCAUAACAUCAUGCUCCGUGCGGCAGUCGGUGCCCUCAGGGACAAAUACCCCCAUGCCAGGAUCAUCUUCGCCGAUUUCUACAAACCGAUUAUCUCAAUCCUCCAAAACCCCGAUCAUUUCGGAGUUCCCAGCACGAACGCUCUCCAGGCUUGCUGCGGAGGCAGCGGCAAGUACAAUUGGAAUGCCAGCGCCGUAUGCGGCAUGCCAGAGGCGACCGCCUGCAAAGAACCAUCCGCGUUCGUAAGCUGGGACGGGGUUCACUACACGGAGGCCACCUACCGGUACAUCGCCAACGGGUGGCUCCGCGGUCCUUUCGCAGAUCCACCCAUACUCAGUGUUAUUCCCCAUUAA